ACGCAACAUGAUGACAACUAAUACGACGGAUGCCUGUGAAACGCGCGAUCCCUGCCAACACGGUGGAAUCUGCAUUUCCACCGACAGCGGACCCAUCUGCGAGUGCCGGUCCGGCGAUUAUGAGGGCGCCUAUUGUGAGAAAGAAGCAUGGAGCACGGUGCUGCCUACGGCGGGUGCUGGUGAUUACUGGGCGUGGGAAUACAACAAAGCGCCUUCCGAAGCCUCUUUCAGAGGAACAGAGUACCUCACGAUAGAUCUGAGCAAAGCAGAUCCAAUACUCAGCACGCAGGAGUCCAUCAGUUUGCAAUUUAAAACGAGGCAACCUAACGGGCUUCUGUUUUAUUCUGAAAAUGGACGCAGUCCCACUUCCUGCCCAAUCGGAGAAGCAGAUGAUUAUCUGACUGUGUCUCUGAGAGACGGCGGAGUUGCCGUGGGCAUGACGUUGGCCAAAGGAAGAUUAGAUCUGCACAUAAAGCCGGUCCGAGUGCGAUUCGACGAUAAUCAGUGGCACAAAAUCAUCGUUCACAGGAAGGUUCAAGAGAUAUCCUCCAUCACCAGCUUCUGCAGGCUGUCCGCCAUCGUCGAUGGGAUUUACGCGGAACACGGCCACACUGCGGGCUCGUUCACACAUUUGGCGAGCGAUCGGCUGCUGGUGGGCGGUGGCGCCGACGCGAGAUCCUUGCAGGGCGCCAAGGGGAUCAUCAACUUCGUCGGCUGCCUGAGAAAGGUAGAAUUCGUGGCGGAGGGGGUGAAAAUGGAGCUGAUCGACGCGGCCAGGAGCGGAGCCGCGGGCGCGGCCGCCUGGGGCAAAAUGGAGUUCCAUUGUCGAGAACCGAGAGCCUCGGACCCAAUCACCUUCACCACCAGGGACUCUCAUCUCGUGAGGCGGCGACAACGCGUCGCGCCGCGCCGCGCCAUCAAUUAA